AUGAUAUAUCGAAGGUGUCUUGUUGGCUGCAGUCUCGAGUUCUUUCUGAUCCAGCUUCAGGUUUUUUUGAUUUCUUCGAAUUCAACUGAACAACCCAGCAGACCUCGCCCAGCAAUGUUGAGAGCUUUAAAUUUCACAGCAAGGCGCCAUGUCUUCAGACCGGCUUCCAGGUUCCCGCAAAUGACAACAAGGUCGUUAGCUACGGGAUUUGAUUCGUUUCUGCAGACAAACAACGCAAAUUACAUAGAUGAGAUGUACCAGGCCUGGAAACAGGACCCCAAGUCCGUCCAUGUUUCGUGGGAUGCUUACUUCAAGAACAUGGACAAUGCCAGCAUCAGUCCUGCCAGCGCCUUUGUUGCUCCCCCAACACUGGUUCCCCAGCCAGCUGGAGGAAUCCCACAAUUGACCCAGACUCCCCCAGGGAUGAACGAGGACGUUUUGACUCACAUGAAGGCUCAGCUUCUGGUCCGUGCAUACCAAGUCAGAGGUCACUUGAAGGCCCAUAUAGAUCCUUUGGGAAUCUCCUAUGGUGACGACAAGUCUAAGCCUUUGCCCAAAGAGCUCUCUUUGGAGUACUACGGAUUCACCGAGGCUGACCUUGGCAGAGAGCUCACUCUUGGUCCGGGAAUUUUGCCCCGUUUUGCUAUUAACGGCAAGACCACAAUGACCUUGAAGGAAAUCAUCGACACCUGCGAGAAGAUCUACUGCUCCACAUACGGUAUUGAGUAUGUCCACAUUCCUUCCAGAGAGAAAUGUGACUGGCUCAGAGAGAGAAUCGAGAUCCCACAACCUUACCAGUUCUCGGUUGACCAAAAAAGACAGAUUUUGGACAGAGUUAUCUGGUCUUGUUCUUUCGAGAACUUCCUGUCCACCAAGUUUCCAAACGACAAGAGAUUUGGUAUGGAAGGUGCUGAGUCCGUUGUUCCUGGUAUGAAGUCUUUGAUCGACACCUCUGUUGAUCUCGGUAUUGAAGAUAUCAUCAUCGGUAUGCCACAUCGUGGUAGAUUGAACAUGCUUUCGAACGUUGUUAGAAAGCCAAAUGAGUCUAUCUUCUCCGAGUUCACUGGUUCCAAAGAGUUUGACGAAGGUUCUGGUGAUGUCAAGUACCAUUUGGGUAUGAACUACGUUCGUCCAACAACUUCCGGUAAGACUGUCAACCUUUCGUUGGUUGCCAACCCAUCCCAUUUGGAGGCUGAGGACCCUGUCGUUCUCGGUAGAGCUCGUGCUGUUCAGCACUACAAGAACGACGUCGGUGAGUUCAAGAAGGCCAUGGGUAUCCUUUUGCACGGUGAUGCUGCUUUCGCAGCCCAAGGUGUUGUCUACGAGACCAUGGGUUUCUCACAUCUGCCAGCAUACUCCACUGGUGGUACCGUCCACGUGAUUGUGAAUAACCAGAUUGGUUUCACCACUGAUCCAAGGUUUGCGCGUUCCACUCCAUACCCAUCGGAUAUUGCCAAGUCUAUAGAGGCACCUAUCUUCCACGUGAAUGCUGAUGACGUCGAAAGCGUUAUCUACAUGUUCAACCUCGCUGCCGAGUGGAGGGCUACUUUCCACUCUGAUGUCAUUCUCGAUGUUGUGGGAUACCGUAAAUACGGUCACAAUGAGACUGACCAGCCAUCUUUCACCCAGCCUCUGAUGUACCAGAAGAUUGCUGAGAAGAAGCAGGUUUUGGAUAUCUACGUUGAAAAGCUUCUGGAAGAGGGUUCCUUCACCAAGGAGGACAUUGACGAGCACAAGAAAUGGGUUUGGGACACAUUGGAGGAGUCUUUUGGCAAAUCCAAGGAGUAUAAGCCAACCUCCAGAGAGUGGUUGACUACUCCAUGGGAAGGCUUUAAGUCGCCAAAGGAGUUGGCCACCGAGGUUUUGCCUCAUCUUCCAACUGCCAUUGACGUUGACACUGCUAAGCACAUUGGUAAGUCCAUUUCUUCAUGGCCCGAGAACUUCGAGGUGCACCGUAACCUCAAGCGUAUUUUGGGCGCCAGAUGGAAGGCUAUCGAUUCUGGUUCUGGAAUCGACAUGUCCACCGGUGAGGCUCUUGCUUUUGGUUCGUUGGCUAUGGAAGGUUACCACGUUAGAGUCUCCGGACAAGAUGUUGAGAGAGGUACUUUCUCGCAACGUCACGCUGUUUUGCACGACCAACAGUCUGAGGCCACUUACACUCCUCUGAAAAACCUUUCCACGGAACAGGGUGCUUUUGACAUCUCCAACUCUUCCCUUUCUGAGUAUGGUGUCAUGGGUUUCGAAUACGGAUACUCUUUGACUUCGCCAGAUGCCUUGGUCAUGUGGGAGGCCCAAUUCGGAGACUUUGCCAACACUGCCCAGGUCAUUGUUGACCAGUUCAUUAGUGCUGGUGAGUCUAAGUGGAAGCAACGUUCCGGCCUUGUUUUGUCUCUGCCUCAUGGUUACGACGGUCAAGGUCCUGAACAUUCCUCGGGCCGUUUGGAAAGAUACCUGCUGCUCUGUAACGAGGAUCCAAGAUUCUUCCCAUCUCCAGAGAAGUUGGACCGUCAACACCAGGACUGUAAUAUGCAAGUCGCCUACCCAUCCACUCCAGCCUCCAUAUUUCAUCUCUUGAGACGUCAAAUGCACCGUCAAUUCAGAAAGCCUUUGAUUAUGUUCUUCUCCAAGUCUUUGCUGCGUCACCCAUUGGCUAGAUCCAGCUUGGAUGAGUUUGUCGGUGAUUCGCACUUCCAAUGGAUCAUCGAGGAUGUUGAGCUCGGAAAGUCAAUCAACGAGAGGGAGGGAAUCGAGCGCCUUGUCCUGUGUUCCGGUCAAGUUUACACUGCCUUGCACAAGAAGCGUGCCUCGCUGGAAGACAAGACUACUGCUUUCAUCAAGGUGGAACAACUGCACCCAUUCCCAUUCGAACAGCUGCGCGAAUCGUUCAACUCUUUCCCUAACCUGAAGGACAUUGUUUGGUGCCAGGAAGAGCCAUUGAACAUGGGUGCUUUCUCUUAUGUUCAACCAAGAAUCUCCACUGUCCUGAAACAAACAGACAACUACAAGGAUGCCGACUUUAGAUAUGCUGGUCGUGACCCAUCUGCCUCGGUUGCUGCUGGUUCUAAGAGCAUGCAUUUGGCUGAGGAGGAUGCUUUCCUUAACGAUGUUUUCCAAUCCUGA